AUGAAGAAGGAGCAGGCAGGGAAAGGAAGCAUCUGCCGCAAGAACUACCCCCCUCCCCGACUCUCAUGCAAGCACCUGCUCGACGCUCGACCUCCAUGCGCACACAAUCGUGGGCGCUCGCAGGAGAGCAGACUGGGGAUGAGCGUGGCUGAAGUGGUUGAGGAGGGCAAAGAGCUCGUGCACGAAGCAGAGGAUAUGGCAGAGAGGGUGUGCAUCCACAGCAAUCACAACAACGCCACCACAAUGAAUGCGGCGGCACUGCUGCAACCAGUAUAUGGGAGCGGCAUCACGCCCAUUCCAACCAGCAUUGCCUGCGCCUGUACAUGGGCCAGCAGCGCCACCGUCCCUGACGCAUGCCAUGAUGCCGACAUUGUCAACGACACCAACCAUCACAAGCACAUUGCGGCCGCUGCUGCGGGGUUGCAGUGCAGACGCCAGAACAUGUCGACCUCAUCUGCAGCACCGGCAACGACAGCAACAACAGCCGUGAUGGCAGCAGAAGCAGCGGCAGCAGUAGGGCUUGUCCACCUUCCUUUCCGAACACGGUGCCGCCGUUUCCUCAUGUCUGCGACGGCUGCAGCGACAGCGCCACGGCCGUUCAGGGGCACCCCUUCUGUCGCGGACCUACUUGAUGGCAUCACCAUCGUCCUGAUCAUCGCUGUGACAUCGAGGAUUGGACGGGCGUUUGAAUCCAAGCACGCUUCAGUGCAGCAACGACGAAAUUCGCAACCACCGCCGGUUCAAGGUAGCAGACAGAAGGCUUUUCACUGCCCAGAUACAGCGCAUUCCUUUCCUGCGUCAUACGACGGCACGGUGUACGUGGCAGACUCAUCAACGCAGUCUUCCACCGAGGACAGACAGCGGUGUCUGGGGCACCAGCUGCGGAAGCUGUACAACAUCGAGGCAGACCACGUCGUGCACCUCAGGGAUGUGCCACAGCAGCAAGACAGCGUGUCGUGUGGCCUGUUUGCGCUGGCAUACGCCACACUGCUGGCUGCUGGCCUGCAUCCUCUCGACUUGAACAGCGUCAGCAUGACGGCACACCAUCUGCGCACGUGGUACUUGCAGUGCGUGGCUGAUCGGGAGGCAGAUGUUGUGGAGGCGCUGCUCAUGAAGCUGCUACAAGAGGCACAAGUCCAUGACGACAAAAACAACGACGACGACAACGGCCUUGAGUCGCCACUCCACCAGCGACGCUGUCUGCCUGUUCUGCAGAGGCAGCGGGCCCUUCACUUGCAGCCGACAAGAGAAGAGGACCGAAUGGCCUUCUCUGCCACAAGCGGCGAGGUGGUUGAGGUACAUGACAGAAGCGAUGUUGUGAUGACACGGGCGAGCCGCAGCAGCCACACUGGCCACAACAACAUCAACAACAACAACAACAACUUCGGCAACAACAGCAGCAGCAGCAGCAACAACAACAACAACAACAACUACUACUACUACUACUACUACUACUACUACUACUACUACUACUACUACUACUACUACUACUACUACUACUACUACUACUACUACUACUACUACUACUACUACUACUACUACUACUACUACUACUACUACUACUACUACUACUACUACUACUACUACUACAUCGGCCACACUUACAACAGCAGUUGCAGUAGCUGCCACAAGUGCACCAUACCGUCGCUCAGCCUGGGCUGCUGA